UUAUAUUUAUAUUUUUGUUUCAUUAAGGGUUGGCAUCAAGUAUUUGGUUCCCUGGCCUUCACACUCGCGUUACUGAAUCCUAUCGGAGCUCUAUUGAGACCACAUCCCGACGCCCCCAAUAGAUGGCUAUUCAAUUGGGGCCAUUGGUUUGGGGGUAAUGUCGGUCAUAUCGCUGCCAUUAUAGCCAUUUUCUUGGCCACAAGGCUAUCGGUGGCCGAUCUGCCCAAACAGUUCUUAUGGACAGUCAUCUCAUUUGUCUUGUUCUACGUUAUCGUUCAUCUCAUUCUUCAGUUUCAAUCAUUUUUUAUGCAAAACAGAAACUUUAAUCCGGUAGAAACCCAUGACAUGCCGAUGCAAGAGAUGAAUGGCUCACACGAUGACCAACAUUUGGGAGGCGACGGCGCCGGCAGUGGUUUCCGUCGGUUUAUAUUAGGCAUAUAUACGAUCGGACUUUUGGCGUUUGUUAUCGCAAUGGUUUCGUUGAUUACUUUGCCGAAGAGUACACUUGAAAUGAUGGCCAUUACAUGAAUCUGUGGAUCAUUUUAUUAACAUUUUUAUUGUUUAUUAAGUAAAAUCUUUUAUGCUUUUUAUGUGUGAUAUCGAUCUCAAGUCA